AUGGAUACUGUGCCCAGCUGGUCAUGCUUUUCCCUAGGUUCAGUGAAUGAGAACCAGAGACCGUCAAAUUCGUAUAACGGAGACCUGAAUGGACUGCUGGUGCCUGAUCCUAUUGUGGCCGGGGAUGGACCUUCUCUGGCUAAGCCUGUGCAUCGCAGCAUUUCUUUGGGAGCUCUGCAGGAGAAGCAAGUCAUCUGCCUUUCUGGUGAUGACAGCUCCACUUGUGUAGUGAUAUCAGCAAAAGAUGUGGAGAUAGUGGCCAGCAGUGAUUCCAGCAUCACCAGUAAGGCCAGAGGAAGUAACAAGGUGAAAAUACAGCCUGUUGCUAGAUAUGACUGGGAGCAGAAAUACUACUAUGGCAAUCUGAUAGCUGUUUCAAACUCUUACCUGGCUUAUGCCAUUAGAGCUGCCAGCAAUGGCUCCGCUAUGGUGCGGGUGUUGAGCGUCAGCACUGCUGAGCGGACCUUGCUGAAAGGAUUCACAGGCGGUGUGGCAGACCUGGCUUUUGCUCAUCUCAACUCCAACCAGCUGGCGUGCCUGGAUGAAGCUGGCAACCUUUUUGUCUGGCGCCUGGCCAUGGAUAAAGAAAAAAUCCAAGAGGACAUCUUGGUUAACAUCAAGCGGCCUGACAAUACCCCAUUGAACACCUCUCGAAGAAUCAUCUGGUGCCCUUUCAUCCCGGAUGAUAAUGAGGAGAGUGGUGAAGAGGGAAGUCAGACAUUGGCAUUAUUGCAUGAGGACAGGGCAGAGGUGUGGGAUUUGGACAUUAUCCGAACGAACAACAGCUCCUGGCCGGUGGAAGUGCCUAACAUCAAAGAAGGCUUCAUUGUAGUGAAAGGCCACAGCACGUGCCUGAGUGAGGGAGCACUUUCUCCAGAUGGAACUGUGUUGGCCACAGCAAGCCAUGAUGGUUUUGUUAAAUUCUGGCAGAUCUAUAUUGAGGGGCAAGACGAGCCAAGGUGUCUUCAUGAGUGGAAACCCCAUGAUGGUAGGCCUCUUUCCUGCCUGCUCUUCUGUGACAACCAUAAAAAACAAGACCCAGAGGUUCCCUUCUGGAGAUUUCUCAUCACGGGAGCAGAUCAGAAUAGAGAACUGAAGAUGUGGUGCACUGUGUCUUGGACCUGUCUGCAGACUGUCCGCUUUUCUCCUGACAUCUUCAGCUCCAUGAGUAUUCUUCCCAGCCUGAAAGUCUGCCUGGACCUCUCCGCUGAGUAUCUGAUACUGAGUGAUGUGCAGAGAAAAGUCUUAUAUGUGAUGGAGCUGAUGCAGAACCAAGAGGAAGGUAAAGCUUACUUCAGCUCCAUCUCAGAGUUCCUCCUUACCCACCCAGUCCUAAGCUUUGGCAUCCAGGCAGUGAGCCGCUGUCGGUUAAGGCACACCGAAGUGCUCCCCGCAGAAGAGGAAAAUGACAACUUAAGUGUAGAAGGUGCUCAGGGAGCUGGUGCUGUUGAAUCAGCAGCAGGCGUGCUGAUAAAACUCUUCUGUGUGCACACCAAGGCCCUACAGGAUGUGCAGAUUAGAUUCCAGCCUCUUCAUAGUCCAGACACGAGUUCAUCCAUGCCUUCCCAUAGCUCUCACGAAGAAUUUGCCUUUCCAGACCACAUGGCUGAUCUAAGCACAGAAGGGCUGGGAUCUGAAAAAGGAUCAGUGCAUGGCUCUCAACCAGACCUACGGCGUAUUGCUGAUCUGCCUGUGCCAGCAGACUUCCUUUCCCUCUCAAAUGAUGCCAAACCUAAGCUGAUGACUCCAGAUGCAUUCAUGACACCAAGUACAUCUCUUCAACAGAUUGCUGUAUCUCCAGGCAGCAGUGUCAGUUCCCUGACUGCAGUCACAGCCAUGAGUAGCACUUCUGUCACAGAUGCCUCUAUGCCCAGGGCUGUCGUUGUUUACAGGCCAUCAGAAGACUUGACUGUGAGCCCCAAGAUGCAGCUGGACACCAGCCUCACGCUGAGUAGCAGUAGCAGCAGUCUCCAGACUAGUCCUAGGAGUCAUUCCGUUCUUAUCCCAGGCCUCCCUGACAAGCUAACACCAAAGGCACCUCUUCCAGUCACGCCAGGAAACCCCUCUCUAGCAUUGGAACUACAGGAGGUGGAGCCCUUAGUGGUGCCCCAGGCUUCUCCCACCCGCGAGCGCUCGCCAGAUGUCAUUUCCUCUGCUUCCACAGCCAUCUCCCAAGAUAUCCCAGAGAUUGCUUCCGAGACCUUGCAACGCAGCUUUGCAGCAGCUCCGUCUGGGCUCCCUACGGAGGUGCUGGAGCCCAGUCAUCAUGCAGACAGUAUGGCAUCUGCUGCCUCAGCCUUGCAUUUGCUGUCUCCAAGGAACCGGCACAAUUCAGAGCACAGCCACCACUCUUUGGACAUGCCUCCAGUGGAGGUGGACAGACUGAAUGCUCCAUCGUUACUAGAGACUGCUUUAACUCAGGAAAAUGCAUCUUCCGACAGUGUUGUGAGUCAGCCUUGGCCAGCAGCUCCUGACAUAACCAGAGAAACCAGGAACAGCAUGGCAGACAGCCCAAGGGAUGAGGUUGAAGAAAAGCACAAGAGCUCUUCCUAUCAUCGACACAGCUACCACCUGCUGCAGCAUGACAGCCAGGAUGCCAGUGCAGAACAAAGUGACCAUGAUGAUGAAGUUGCAAGCUUGGCUUCUACGUCAGGUGGAUUUGGUGCCAAAACGUCUACGCAGAGGCUGCCUGUGAAGGACUGGAAAGCCAAGGCAUCCCCUCGGGCUUCCCCAAAGCUGAAGCGGAAGGGCAAGAAAGAUGAUGGGGAUGUGAACCAGUCGCCAAGAUCAUCUAACAACCAGGUGACACCGGAGUUCCAGGAUGAGCUGAUGUGCAUGUUGAGGAGCCAACAGCGGGAGCUCUCGGAGCUGCGUCAGAACCAGAUGGAGCUGCUGCAGAGGCUCACGGAUCACCUUGAUGCCGUUCAGAGCUCCCUUAUGGGCCAUAUGGAGAGGGUGAUUGACUCCCAGCAGGAGCAGGAGCAGAGAAGGCUAGACCGAGCCCUGACGGAAGGACAGCAGCGCAAUGGGCAGCUCCAGGAGCAUUUGUCUCAGCAGCUCUCUCAGACCCUGUCCACUGCUGUGUGUAACCGUCUGGAGAGGACCAUUCGGGAGGAGAUGAAGAAGACUGUACCCCAGUGCAUUUCCAAGAGCAUGGACCCUAUCACUGGCCAGCUAAGUAACACUAUUGCUGCCAAGCUCACUGCUGUUGAGGGGACACUGAAAGAGAGUAUCACCAAGCUAGUGAAAUCAAAGAAUCUUACAGAUAGUAUUGUGAGGGCAACGGCUGAUAUCCUGCAGGGGCCGAUCCAGUCAGCUUACAGGGAAGCAUUUCAGAGCAUCGUGUUGCCAGCCUUUGAGAAGAGCUGCCAGUCCAUGUUCCAGCAAAUCAAUGACACCUUCAAGCAGGGCACACAAGAAUAUAUCCAACAGCUUGAAACUCACUUGAAAAACAAGAAAGUACGAGAACAGGAGGCCCGGGACCCACUGCUGAAUCAGCUUCGACAGCUCAUCAGCACCUUCCAGAGCACCACCGAGCAGCUGGCGUCCACUGUCACAGCCAGUGUCCAUGCUGAGGUCCAGCAUCAGCUGCACAUUAUCGUGGGCAACAUGCAGGAGUCUAUUUUGGCCCAGGUGCAGAGAGUCAUUAAAGGUGAAGUGAGCCUGGCUAUGAAGGAGCAGCAAGCAGCUGUCACCUCAAGCAUUGUCCAGGCAAUGCGCUCGGCGGCCGGGACUCCAAUCCCCUCUGCUCACUUGGAUUUCCAGUCCCAGCAAACUCACAUCCUUCAGCUGCUGCAGCAGGGACACCUCAACCAAGCUUUCCAGCAGGCUCUGACAGCAGCUGAUCUCAACCUGGUUCUGUAUGUCUGUGAGACUGUGGAUACUCAGCAAGUAUUUGGGCAGCAUCCGUGCCCGCUGUCCCAGCCCGUGCUGCUCUCUCUCAUUCAGCAGCUCUCCUCAGAUUUGGGUACUCGUACAGAACUGAAGUUGAAUUACCUGGAGGAAGCAGUGAUGCACCUGGACCACAGUGACCCCAUCACCCGCGACCACAUGGGGUCAGUCAUGAACCAGGUGCGGCAGAAGCUCUUCCAGUUCCUCCAGGUGGAACCCCACAACACACUGAGCAAGCCUGCCCGUCGCCUCAUGAUCAUGCUCCAGGGCCUGGUCACCCCUGGCAUGACCUAGGAGGACCUGGCUACCUUGUGGGCUGCUCUGUGGAAGCCCACCCAGAAGAUCCAGUAGUAGGCUUGUGUUAAGAGCUCUUGCCAGGAAAUCUAUUGACAUGUGUGUCUUGUCUCUAAGGCAAACGCCAUCUGUGUAUAGUUCCAAAUAGUCACUGAACGCUCACUUGGCUUAUUUUUCCUAAAUAGCCUCUUUCUGAGAGUUAAGUCUCUUUUUCACCUGCCCAUCCGUCCCUGAGGCCUGGCUGGCAGUCCAAGUCACAUUCACCAGAAGCUGGUGGAUUUCUUACCCUUUUAGUUUAGAGGCUGCUGCUGUGAGCAGAGAAGGGAGGUGCACGCUGAGCCCCGAAUAAGGGGGCUGCCGGGGCCACCUGCUCCUCCUUGACCAGAAACUAGUACCCGUGUCUUAGUCGAGGACUCAAACUCCUCCUCCCUGGUGGGGUGUAGCAGGGAGGAUGUCAGCCAAGCAGCAAGGGGGGUUCAUUUAUCUCCAGCUCUGCCCUGCCCCCACUGUGGGGUGCCCAGCCCCUCCCGGGCGGUGCUGGCAGGUUUGGGCGGGGGGGCUGUGCCUGCAGGCAGCUGGGGGACCCCAGGAGGAGCUCUGGGUCAGAUGCUCAGGCAGCAGCGAGCUGCGCCAGCCCCUGGGGCCAUUGGUUCUGUUGUGUGUUGGAGCAUGUCCAUGGUUCAGACGUUAGUUUCGAUUUUACACCAGGGUUUUUCUUUUUAUCUAAAUUUUAAAGGGUUGGUUUGUUGGUUUUUUUUUUUGAAAUA